AAGAGAGAGAAACACACAAACAUCGUCAAUAUAUUGUGAGGUUUAAGAAGAUUCUCCACUAAAAAAAAACAGAAAAAAAGAUUCAACCUUUUUUUUUUUUUUUAAGAAGAAGGAGGAUUGUUUGUUUUAAGGGACUUUGUAGAAGCACAUCAUCGCAAGAAGACUUGAAACCUUCUGUUGCGUCAAUCACUGUUUCGACAUGGGCUACUAUAACAAUGUCUUUGAUGGAUGCAAUGACCAAACUGAUAUCGGUGCGGUUAUGCGUAAUGGAAGAGAAGUCAUUCUCCAGGCUUAUAACUGGGAGUCUCAUAAACACAACUGGUACAAAAACUUGGACGCAAAAGUUCCAGACAUCUCAAAGUCAGGCUUCACUUCCGCGUGGCUCCCACCACCAUCUCAGUCUCUUGCACCAGAAGGUUACCUUCCACAGGACCUUUACUCGCUAAACUCAGCAUACGGCUCCGAGCACCUCUUGAAAUCCUUGCUUGGCAAGAUGAAACAGUACAAAGUCAGAGCUAUGGCUGACAUCGUCAUCAACCAUCGCAUUGGCACUACGAGAGGACACGGUGGAACGUAUAACCGCUACGAUGGGAGCUCGCUACCGUGGGAUGAACACGCUGUCACUUCGUGCACCGGAGGAAAAGGGAACCGAAGCACGGGAGAUAAUUUCAAUGGAGUUCCGAAUGUUGAUCACACUCAACACUUUGUUAGGAAAGAUAUUAUCGGUUGGCUUCGUUGGCUGCGUAAUACAGUUGGGUUUCAGGACUUUCGUUUUGACUUUGCUAGAGGCUAUUCAGCUCAGUAUGUGAAGGAAUACAUUGGAGCAGCGAAACCGUUGUUCUCGGUUGGUGAAUGUUGGGAUUCUUGUAACUACAAUGGUCAUGGUCUUGACUAUAAUCAAGAUAGCCAUAGACAGCGUAUAAUCAAUUGGAUUGAUGCCACGGGACAGCGUUCAGCUGCAUUUGACUUCACCACUAAAGGAAUCCUGCAGGAAGCUGUGAUGGGUCAGUAUUGGCGUUUACGUGAUGCACAAGGGAAGCCGCCGGGAGUAAUGGGAUGGUGGCCUUCAAGAUCUGUCACCUUCCUUGAUAACCACGACACUGGUUCUACUCAGGCUCAUUGGCCUUUCCCUUCACACCAUAUUAUGGAGGGCUAUGCAUAUAUACUUACGCAUCCAGGCAUCCCAUGUGUGUUCUAUGACCACUUCUAUGAUUGGGGAAGCUCGAUUCAUGACCAGAUUGUCAAACUGAUUGACGUUAGGAGGCGACAGGAUAUUCACAGUAGGUCAACGAUCCGUAUUUUGGAAGCAAAGUCUAACUUAUACGCAGCCAUUGUUGGUGAGAAACUGUGCAUGAAGCUUGGAGACGCCUCUUGGUGUCCUUCUGGUAGAGAGUGGACUCUAGCAACAAGUGGUCAUCGCUAUGCCGUCUGGCACAAGUAAACCUUCCCCUUCGUCUCGAAGGUUCUGGCUCCAUAUAAAAUAAACUCACUUUCUAUCUUGAAUUAAAUUAUUUAAAUAAUGUCCGUUACCUACGUCUCCAUGACGCCAUAUGUUACAAGUUAUCUACGUAUGUUCAAUUUAUAAAGUGAGCACUAUUGUGUUUUGGGUUGA